AAUUGCGGUUUAUUAUGUAUUAUAUUUAUUAUUAUUAUUAUGUAUUAUAUUAUGAACAUUACGUAAAACUCUUUUUAUUAUUAUGUCUACUUGCAGAUGUAUCAUGGAUAUAGUUUAAUAGGGAAGACAUGGGCCAAUUCAUUAAUUAUUAUUAUUGAACGUCAGCUCUGUUCCGGAUAGCUUAACGCGUCUCAAUGUAACGUUACCAAGCCCGUGUGAACGAUAUUGUACAGCAGUGAUUGUAGUCUGAUAUUACAACACGCUUGAACCAGCAGAUGUCCUCAGUGUACAUCGUUCGAACGAAUCAUUUGGGUUAGACCCAGAUGUCUAAUAGACUGGCUCUGGUUAGACUAAUCCCGCAACCAAACCCAGCUGCACCGACAUCGCUGAUUGGCCGCUGAAAACGUCAGCUGGCGACUCCUGCAUUUUCAUUGGUUAACGCUUUGUAAAUCAAAUCCGGCGCUGAGAUGUAGUUGUUAUCUUUUCAGUGUCGCUGUACUCGGUGAAUGCGACGCGAUGCAUAAAGAGAUUGAGAAGCGGGUACUAAAUGCAUUAAGCGUUCCUCUCCGUUUAAUAUGAGCGUUUGCUCCACAGCGACGGUUAAGUCCGUUUUCUCAGUGUUUUUUUUUCUUUCUUCUUUCUCGAUUAUUAUGAGAUUGAACACCUCCACAGUCCAGUUUUCAGACUGAAUUACAUCCCCAAAACGGGCAGACUCUGAUGUUUUUUAAAUAUUGUUUGUGUGUUUUUCAAGCGAAAACGUGUUUGUCUGGGUUUACUCCUUCACUUGAAAAAAAUAGGUAUAACGUUAGCGGAUGGACGCAUAUUGAGAUGAAAAUGUGGACUGUCGGAGCUUCAACAUCUGGCGAGAGAAGGAAGUGUCUGAAUCUGAGCGAAUAAUGAUGUGACCGAUGCCGCAUCAUUUUAUUCAAAUAAACCGGAGAGGAUAAUCAAGGGUCUGCCUCCAUGCUGAGAUGUGUGCUAGUGACCUGUCCCAUAGGCUGAGCUUGCUCUUUACCAUGUAACUGCACAAAAAAAAAAUGCUUUAUUCCUCCAUUAGUCCACCUGUGGCUUCAGGGGAACCUAGCACCACCCUGCACCCCACGCCCAAGGUGCUAACCCAGCCAGCGGGUACAAGAGCCAUGGAGAAUUCCUCCGCUAAAGUCAACAGCUCGCUAGAGUUCCGGACUCUAUCGGAAUACAUAACGCCUUCAGCUGUAUGGCAGGACCCUGAUCAGGGCCUGAACCUGCCCCUCCAGGUGUUCUUUUGCUUGGUCAUCAUCUGCGUGCUGCUGCUCGCCUUCCUCGGAAACAUGGUGGUCUGCCUCAUGGUUUACCAGAGAGCCGCUAUGCGUUCUGCUAUUAACAUCUUGCUGGCCAGUCUCGCCUUUGCUGAUAUGAUGCUAGCAGUCCUCAACAUGCCCUUUGCACUAGUCACCAUAUUGACCACACGCUGGAUCUUCGGAGAGGUGUUUUGCCGCGUGUCGGCCAUGUUCUUCUGGAUGUUCCUGAUGGAGGGAGUGGCUAUUUUGAUGAUCAUCAGUGUGGACCGCUUCCUAAUCAUUGUGCAAAAGCAGGACAAACUUAGUCCACGCAGGGCCAAAGUGUUAAUUGGGGUUUCAUGGUCUCUAUCUUUCUGCUUUUCUUUCCCACUUUCCAUUGGCCAUCCUGCUCUGUACAUUCCCCCCAGAGCACCACAGUGUGUUUUCAGCUACACGGUGGAGCGUGGUUAUCAUGCUUACGUGAUGCUCAUUAUGCUAAUGUUCUUCUUUGUACCAUUCCUAGUGAUGCUCUACACUUUCAUGGGCAUCUUGAGUACUCUCCGCCACAACGCGCUGCGCAUCCACUCCCACCCCGACUCGGUGUGCCUCAGCCAAGCCAGCAAGCUGGGUCUGAUGAGUCUGCAGAGGCCCUUUCAGAUGAACAUUGACAUGAGCUUCAAAACACGUGCCUUCACCACGAUCCUCAUUCUGUUCUCAGUCUUCACCACAUGCUGGGCUCCGUUUGCCACCUACAGCCUUCUGUCCACCUUCAGUCGUGCAUUCUACUACCGGCAGAACUUUUUUGAGAUCAGCACGUGGCUGCUGUGGAUCUGCUACCUCAAAUCAGCCCUGAAUCCUCUCAUCUAUUACUGGAGAAUCAAGAAGUUCCGUGAUGCCUGCCUUGACCUGAUGCCCAAGUACUUCAAGUUCCUGCCGCAGCUGCCUGGCCACACUAAGAGACGUGUCCGCCCCAGUGCUGUUUAUGUGUGCGGGGAGCAUCGCUCUGUGGUGUAGUGGAGGACAUUUCUGAAGCCUCUUGUAUUUCUUUGUAUUUCUUAUGGAACAAUCUUAUCAAGCUGUGAUGUGUUUGGUCUUUCUUCAAACGGCAGGAUGUUUUAGCUGUAAAAGAUGAAACAGAUGAGUUUACAGAGCCUGUACAUUAAAUUGCACAAUGUUUUUUAUUUAAUUUUUUUUAGAUCUUAAUAAUAGUUUGUUCAGUACAUAUCAGUCAGGUGCUGCUAUAUUUGGUGAAAAUGUGUAAUCUUUUGUUUUAUGCCAUGAAUGUAAUAUGAUUUUGUGUGCUGUGUUUGUUUUUUUCCUGGCUUUGUGAACUGUUUCACAUUUCAACAUUUUUUUAUUUAAUUUUAUUGUUGAUUGUUCAGCUAUUCUGGUUUUAAUUCAUUUCUGUGUGGAAAUAAGGGAAAGGCAUUUAACAGGUAUAAGCAUGUUCCAAACUGAUAAGUAGUUGACUUUGUGGAAAUACUUGAUUUUUAAUGUGAAUUUUAAAAUUGUGGUCUCCAUGCCUGGAACUGAAUAAAAUCAUGGAAAUGGAUCAAA